AUGUCAACUGAAAGAACUCAAUCAAUCACUAAGGCACGAGCAAAAUCCGUGCAGGCAAAGGAACGUAUCAAGGACAAGUUUCCUGCUGUUUUGAAAUGGGAUGAUGUACUUAAUUACUGUUUCAGUGCUAUUGAGCGGCAUAAAGAUGUUCUCUUUUACUAUACCCAGCUCGUGAAGAAGGACUCAGAGGUGACAUACAAUGAGAAGGACAAUACCCUCGUCUACAAGCCGCCCUACCCCAUCCGUACACCUGAACAGCUCAUCGAGUUCUUCCAAGCCAAUACAGAUGUACAAAGCAUCGAGGUUGCAAAGCUCAAGAAGGGAUGGCCUGACUGCGAUGCUGAGAUUGACAAGUUAGAGAAAGAGCAUAAGAUCACGGUGAUGCGCAACAAGAAGGACGGUAGCCCUCGUGUCAUCUUUGCUGAUGAUCCCACUCUCCACAUCAACUUGGAUGAGGAGUUUGUCAACCACUGGCAAAGUAUUCAGCUACCAUCAAAAGAUGAUAUCAUUCGAUUUCUCAUUGCCUCUCGACGCACACCCGCCGGCCAGGUUGCGGCGAACACGGCAGUGGUCAAACAGAAGAAGCAGGCUAGGAAGAAUCGCCAAUCAACGAAGCAAACCAAUAAACACAUGCAUGGCAUCUUCAAAGACUACUCAGGAAUCAGACCUAAAGGAAAGUGA